AUGCAAGCAAAGUUAUCAAUACAAAAUUUCAAUUUCCAAUUUGAUUGUUUUAUUGGCUCCAGAGCUCCAGAUAGUUUCAAAAUUAACUUUCAACCCACCACACUUAUUCAAAAAACCAAAAUUCCAUUUUUCCAUUUAAAGGUUUUAAACGUUUCAAUAUCUUCAUCUCCAAUAAAUUCAAAACCUCCAACUUCCUCUCCAAUAAUUUACCAACCUUCCCCAUCAAUUAAUAUACACCCAAUACCCCACCAACAGCAACAAUUACCCUCCUUACAACAACAACAAUUAAAUUUAAAUCGUUUAAAUUAUUUAUUAGCAAUACAAAAACAACAACAACAAAAUAAAAAUUUAUUUUCUGCUUUUUUAAAUUGUAAUGGGAUAAUUAAUAAUCAAAAUAAUGAACAAUUACAACAACCCAUUUUUUCUUGUAAUUUGUGCCCACAAAAGUUUACUAACCAAGUGAGAAUUUUGUUUUAAUUUUUGGGGUGGGACGAAUUGAGGUUGGGACGAAUUGGCGGUUUUUGGUCAGUGGGACGAAUUGAUGGUUUUUAGGGAGUGGGACGAAUUGGGGAUUUUUAGCCAGUGGGACGAAUUAGGUGUUUUUGUUCAUUGGGACGAAUUGGGGCUUUUUAGUCAGUGG